AUGGUCCGCAUAAAGCAUCGAUACCUCGUCGUCCACUUUCUCUACCCCUCGUUACCAAAGGACUACGCUGACCCACGACCUUCUGUUCCCAAUGUCCUCCAAUAUCAUCGCCCAACCCCAUCAGCAGUUGACAGCGGCCAGCUCAUCCGACUCAUGAAAUCCUCUGUGGAAUACAUGUAUGGCGAUUACGGCCUCGGUCUGAUAGCUUCAUCUUUGAAAAUCGUUUAUUUUUCCCAGGCCACCUCAACAGCUAUCAUAAGGGUCGCUAGAGCGCAUUGUCGAAUAUUGUGGGCGGCUUUGACUUGGAUUACUACUCUGGGAAGGCCUGGCAAGGGACAGGAAGAACCUUGCGUAAUGAGGGUUAUUAGGUGUAGUGGGACCAUCAGGAAGGCGGAGGAAGAGGUUGUGAGAAGAGCGAAGGAGGAGAUCAGGAGGGCUAGGAUUGGUAAUGACCAAGAUGAAGAGGGCGGAGAGGAAGCGGUGGGAGUUGUUCAGGUGCAUGUGCGGGCGGACGAUGGACCGAGGAAGCGGAGACGGAUCGCAAAGGAUCGAGGUGAGGAUGUGGAUGAAGAUGUGGCUUUGGAAGAUGAAGAUGACGGUGGAGUCACGGACGAAAGCGAGGAUCUUGGAGUGCCGAUAGGAUGA